CUCAAUAGCAUAUUUUUUCAUAGAAUCUUACAUACAAAGCAUUACAAAAUAAGUCAAGCGAAUCGCAAUAACUAAUCAACACUUAUGAUAUGGAGCAAUCCCUGUUUCAGCAUCUACCAAAGCUGGUGAGAGCAAAAACCCAGGAUUCAAUUGAACUCAUUCUGAGGUCUCUAUGGAGGACCCGCAAAUCUGGACUCGAUGCAGCCGAGAAAGCCCAUUUGCAAGACCUCCUCCAACUUCCUUCGCACGAAGAAUUAGACCCUAUUGUAGCAUGCCUGCGAAUGUUGAUUCGGAAGUGUAUUCAUGAGAACCUUGGUGAAGAGGAACUCCAAAAGCUGUUCCCCCCUGAGUUUCCCCUUGAUUUGCAGAGUUUGCUUGUGCUAUUAUUAAAGAAGCUUCAGAUUGAGUGGGGAGAGGAUAUGGCUAAAGAUCAACUUGAAUGGCCACGGACAAGGGUAGUCUAUCAGGUUAAAGUUGGUCCAACAGUGCCUCAAACCUCACCUGCGAACAUGGUACCUCCAGUAUGGCCCCGCCUGGAAGACAACAGACGUCCCUUCAACCGCUGUGAACUUGGGGUUCCUUUGGGAAUGCCCUCUGGAAAUUUGAAUUCUUCAAGAUUGGUUCCCCAACAGCCACCGCAAGAUGACAUCAAUGGAGAUAGCUCUCUGGUGUCUCUACCUCGUCUCAAGGCAAUGACAUGGAGUAUGGAGAAUCAAAAUUCUACACCUGCAAAUCGAGUGGCUGUGAUUAACCUUAAGAGGAAAAACUGUGCAGGUUGGAUAGAUGACUUUAGAUAUGAAGAAAAGCAAGAACCUUCAAGAUUAUACAAAGCCUUCAUCCGGAGAAACAGAGAUCAAGUUCCAGUUAUCAAGAGAUACAUUGGAGGCAAUGUUGAGAUCUAUGUACUAUAUAAGAGAUCAGUUGUCAAAUGCUGCUGCAGCUCCAAGUGGACCAGUACUCAAGAAGCCACGUCAGUAGCAUUUUUUCGUCUUUAAGGUCUUUCAAAACAAAGUCCACUUCGCUAAGCCUAACAAAAAACCCCAUUCACAGCACCAGAACGACUUGCAUUGUGAGUUUACAAGAAUGGAUAGCACAUAUAGAACUAGAGUAAAACUUUAUAUGUGAAAAACAUCAGUAAAGAUAUCAAGCUGCGAUACCGGAUACCGUGAUUAAAUAUUUCAAACAGAGCUGAAUUGAUAGAUUCUACUGAUUAUUUGCAACAGUUUUCCAAGGCUUUUAGCAUCAUAGUUUUGCAUUUACAAAAAGGCAUUUCAAAGUUUUUAGAAAAACGAAUAAAAUGAAGCCAUAAAGAUGAAAUUACAUUUUGGGAUGCAAAAAGAUUUAAUGUACAAGCAUGCCUAGAGAUUCUUCCAAUAGAAGGGCAAGGAAAAUGAAGUCCAAUGUUUGCUUGAAAAUGUGAAGCCUAUGGAGAGUUCACCUCUUUACGGUUCGCUCCUGAAUUUUUUUAUAUAAUGCUAGUCUGCUGGCUAUUAAUACAAAGGCUUUGGAGGAGUCCAAACGUUUAAAAUAAUUGAGAUAAAUAAAAUUCAAGAUAGCAAUGUUGUAUUCAAAAUCCCGACGGUCAAGUAUGUAGCCUGAUGCUGUAGCCUACAUUUGAUGUUACAUAGAGCAUGUUAAUUGUUAGUGAUUGAAUAGUACUAGCAUAUCUGAUUGAGCUUGAGCUUGAGCUUAUUUAGUUUCUCAGUUUGAUUUCCCUGUGUACAGAAUGUAUAUUAUGAAACGAGAUGUUUGUAUGAUUUUUCUAGAUGAUAUUUAGUAGCCCAAAUGUUUGGUAUA